AUGCCCGAAACAUUUACUGGUUGGGUCGCGCGCGACCCCAACUCGCCAUUAACCCAUGAACCGUUCACACCCAAACCCUUCGAAGACACCGACAUCGAAGUCCAAAUCAGCCACUGUGGUAUUUGCGGUAGCGACAUCCACACCAUCCGCUCGGGCUGGGCGCCUGCCGACUACCCCUGCGUCGUCGGCCACGAAAUCGUCGGGACAGCCGUGCGCGUCGGCUCGAAAGUCACUCCGCCAACACCGGACGACACCGUUAUCAAACCAGGCGACCGAGUGGGAAUCGGCGCGCAAUGCUCCUCAUGCCUCAAACCAGACUGUGAAGCCUGCGCCGACGGCGAGGAGAGCUACUGCCCGAAAAUCGUGGGCACGUACAACUCCCGGUUUCCGGAUGGGAGUAAAGCAUACGGCGGCUACGCGAAUCGAUGGCGUGGCCCGGGGCAUUUUGUGUUUAAAAUUCCAGAACAAUUGAGGAGCGAGGAGGCGGCGCCGAUGCUUUGUGGCGGAGUGACCGUGUUUGCGCCGCUGAGGAGGUUUGGCGCGGGACCUGGGAAGAGGGUUGGCAUUGUGGGGAUCGGGGGGCUGGGGCAUAUGGGACUGCUUUUUGCCAAGGCGCUGGGGUGUGAUUCUGUGGUUGCAAUCUCACGUUCGAGUGCGAAGAAGGCCGAUGCGCUCGGGUCUGAAGGAGGAGGUCAAGGGCUGGGCGCGGAUACGUUUAUCGCGACGGGCGAAGACAAGAACUGGGCAAAAAGACACGCGCGAUCUCUUGAUCUGAUUAUCUGCACUGUUUCUGGCGAGAACAUGCCUCUUUCAGGAUACCUGAGGCUUUUGAAGCGCAACGGGACCUUUGUUCAGGUUGGCGCGCCGGAGGAGCCGUUACCAGCACUGCGGGCUUUCUCCCUCAUCCAAAAAGGCGUCAAAAUAACGGGAUCAAAUAUUGGCUCGCCCGCUGAUAUCCGGGCGAUGUUGAGGCUCGCAGCGGAGAAGGGGGUGCGGGCUUGGGUGCAGACGCGGCCGAUGGACGAGGUUAAUCUAGCGCUGGCGGAGAUGCAUGAGGGGAAGGCGAGGUAUCGGUAUGUGUUGGAGACUGGGGGCAAGGUGGGAAAGCUGUAG